UCAUGUAAGGGAGCUGUAAAAGAGCAACGUCCUAAACCCGUUUUGAAGUUUCGGAUAUGUUUUGGGAUGCGGUCAACAUUUUGAUUAGUUGUUCAAAAUUUUGAUAAGGUGUUCACAAACCCUUGCAAGAUACAAUGGAGAGCUGCCAAAGACUGAAUAUCAUAAUUGGAGAAAUGGAAGAGUAGUAGUGCGACUGCAACUCGGGCAAUUCGCACCAAGAUGGCGGCCCACCGGAUCAUCAGAGUGACCAACAGUAACCAUGUUCUCCCUCGCUGCAAAUCCGAGGGCACGCUCAUUGACCUCAACGAAGGGCUCUCUGAGACUAGCCUCACAGAUGUCAAAGUGCCUUCUUCCAGUGCCGUACGGCUGGACAAUUCAGCCUCCUUCGUAACUGCUCGUGAAGUAGUCGCCAUUAAGGAUUACUGCCCGUCCAACUUUACCACGUUAAAGUUUUCCAAAGGUGACCGGCUUUUUGUGAUGGACACGUCGGGUGGAGAAUGGUGGUAUGCCCACAACAACACAGAGAUGGGCUACAUCCCCUCGGCAUAUGUCCAGCCCAUCAACUGCAGGAAUUCUUCGCUCAGUGAUAGUGGCAUGAUAGACAAUCUAGGGGAGUGUACAGACGAAGGGGCUAAGGAGCUGGAUCUCCUAGGGGAGUGGACAGGGGUGUCCGUUAAGACCACUCCUUAUUCACCUUAUUUUAACAGCAACCCCUUCUCCCUCCAUACCUCCUCCACCAACCCCUUCAUCAACAGUGCUCAUCUACAUGGUUCUCUAGACCAGAACUGUAAUGAGAGGGGAAGGUCCACGGACCUGCUCGUCUUUGACUCCCUGGCAUCCCCAGUCUCCCCCUCGGUACCUAACUCUACCUCCAGCACCACCAUGAUCAAUGGCUUCAGUAGCUGCAACAUCUUUGACAUGAUGACACCAACCAGCCCAAACCAGGACUUACAGGUUUUACAGACACUCCGAAGGGAUAACCCAUUCUUCAGGAGCAAGCGAUCGUACAGUUUAUCGGAGUUGUCCGUCCUACAGACGCAAUCUAACUCCCCCUUGCCUUCUUCUGGGUUCUUCACCGGCCUCAAGGCUCCCUCGCCAGAGCAGUUUCAGAGCAGGGAGGACUUCAGGACUGCGUGGCUAAAUCAUCGGAAGCUGGCCAGAUCUUGCCAUGACCUGGACUCUCUGGGGCAGAGCCCUGGUUGGGGACAGACUCAGCCGGUGGAGACCAACAUUGUCUGUAAACUAGACAGUCGUGGAGGGGCAAUUCAGCUCCCAGACACCCAGAUCAGCAUCCAUGUCCCUGAGGGACACGUGGUUCCUGGAGACACCCAGCAGAUUUCCAUGAAGGCCCUACUGGACCCUCAACUGGAGCUGAACACCGACCACUGUUCCACGGUCAGCCCCGUGGUGGAGAUCAAACUGUCCAACAUGGAGACCAAGUCCUUCAUCACUCUGGAGAUGACCGUGUCCGUGACGGUGAAGAAAGACAGCGGUCAGGUAGCCGAGGUGCUCUGCGUCCGUAGUGACUGCAAGGAAGGACCCUAUAUAAUCAUCCCACAUGCUUACCUAUACAAGGACACAGUACAAGUCCAGUUGGAUAACUUGGAGCCGUGUAUGUACGUGGUGGUAGUGGUGCAGGCACAACACAUCAACCUUAAUACAACUGUAUGGGACCAUGUGUUGAAGAAAGUCACCCUGGGUGUCUAUGGGCCCAAGCACAUCCAUCCAUCGUUCAAGACGGUCGUGGCCCUAUUUGGGCAUGACUGUGCCCCUAAGACCCUACUGGUGAGUGAGGUGGGGAAGCAGGCCCACUCCGCCCCUCCAGUGGCGCUCACGCUGUGGGGGAAGCAUCAGUUUGUCCUGGGACGGCCCCAGGACCUCAAGGUUGGCCUAUACUCCAACAUGUCUAACUAUAUGAUCAAUGCUAAUGAGCAAGCCAGGAUUAUUCGGGGCUUCCAGGUCAAACUGGGGAAGGUUAGCCGACUCAUAUACAUGAUCACAUCCAACAACCCUGAGGACAUCUCAGACUUCACCUUGCAGGUCCAGGUCAAGGACGGCCUGGACUGUAUCCUGGCUCAGUUCUGCGUCCAAACACCACAACCGCCUCCGAAGAGUGGAGCGCGGAACACCGGCCACAGGAGGUUCCUGAAGAAGAAAGAGGUGGUGGGUAAGAUUCUUCUGUCUCCUCUGGCCAUCACUGCCAAAUAUCCACAGUUUCAGGACCGCUGCAUCAGCAACCUGAAGUUUGGCAAGUUGCUCAAAACUGUGAUCAGGCAAAACAAGAGCACAUACCUGUUGGAAUACAAGAAGGGAGACGUGAUCGCCUUGCUGAGCGAGGAGAAAAUCAAACUACGAGGACAACUGUGGACCAAAGAGUGGUAUAUCGGAUAUUAUCAGGGAAAGACCGGUCUUGUUCACGCGAAAAACGUUCUGGUUUUGGGGAAAGUCAAGCCUGUUUAUUUCUGUGGUCCGGACCUCACGACUACCAUGCUAGUGGAGCAGAUUCUGAAGCCUUGCAAAUUUCUCACAUACAUCUACGCCUCUGUGAGGACGGUACUCAUGGAGAAUAUAGGGAACUGGAAGGCCUUCGCAGACGCACUUGGAUAUGGGAACUUACCUUUGUCUUAUUUCUGUCGGACUGAACUGGACAACGAGCCUGAGAAGGUUGCGUCGGUUCUGGAGAAGCUCAAGGAGGACUGCACUAACAUGGACAUCAAGGAGAGAAAGACCUUCCAGAAGGAACUCAUGACAGCCCUGUUGAAGAUGGACUGCCAGGGUCUGGUGGCCAGGCUGAUCAUGGACUUUGUCCUGCUGACCGCGGCCGUGGAGGUGGCCCCGCGCUGGAGGGAGCUGGCAGAGAAGCUGGCCCGGGUGAACAAGCAGCAGAUGGAGCAAUACGAGGCUCCGCACAGGGACAAGAAUGGCCUGGUGGACAAUGAGUCCAUGUGGAAGCCAGCCUAUGACUUCCUGUUGACGUGGGCGGCCCAGAUCGGGGACAGCUACCGGGACGUGAUCCAGGAGCUGCACCUGGGCCUGGACCGAAUGAAGAAUCCCAUAACCAAGCGCUGGAAGCACCUCACCGGAACGCUCAUUCUGGUCAACAGCCUAGAUACGUUACGCAGCUCUGCCUUCAGCCCUGUAGGACAGGGGGACUAUGCCAUUUGAUCUGAGACUAUCUACGUCUGAUAUGGCAUCCUAUUCCCUAAAUAGGCUGCGUUUACGCAGGCAGCCCAAUUCUGAUCUUUUUUCCACUAAUUGGUAUU